AAAAAAAUUACUAUCCCCCGUGUAAGAUUCCUAGUCACUUACCAAAAAAAGUUAGAUUCCAAGUCUCAGACACAGCAGCAUGGGAAGCAAAUACCCGAACCCGAUCAAACCAUCAGAAACCCGAAUCGGGUGGAUCGGAAUCGGAGUAAUGGGCGCCGCCAUGUCCUCUCGUCUCAUCUCCGCCGGUUACACUCUCUCUUUCUACGCUCGCAACCCAUCUCAUCCAAACUCCCUCUCUCUUCAAUCCCAAGGCGCCAAACUCGCCGAUUCACCUUCCCAUCUAACAAACUCAUCCGACGUCGUUUUCACAAUGCUCGGUCACCCCUCCGACGUUAAAUCCAUCCUCCUUACCCAAAACGGCGUCGUUUCAUCUCUAAACCCUAACACCGUCAUAGUAGACACAACCAGCUCACAUCCAGAUCUCGCCAGAGAAAUCUCCACAGCAGCAAGAGCUAAAAACGCUUGGUCAAUCGACGCUCCUGUAUCCGGCGGUGACAUCGGAGCAAGAGACGGAAAACUCGCUAUCUUCGCCGCCGGUGAAGCCUCUGUAGUUGAAUGGCUACAACCUUUAUUCAAUAUUAUGGGAAAAGCUACUUACAUGGGACCAGCUGGAAACGGUCAGAGUUGUAAGAUUGCGAAUCAAAUAACGAUCGGAUCAAAUUUGAUCGGGUUAAGUGAAGGGUUAGUGUUUGCUAAACGAAGCGGGCUUGACUUGGAGCAAUUUGUUAAUGCAAUUAAAGACGGCUCCGCGGGGACGAAAGCAUUGGAAUUGUUUGGAAAAAGAAUGAUAAAUAGAGAUUAUAAACCAGGUGGUCAUGCUGAGUAUCAAGUUAAGGAUUUAGGAAUGGGUGUUAAUUUUGUUGAAGGUGAUGAUAAUAAGGUUGUUGUUUUGCCUGGUGCUUCAUUGGCUAAACAAGUUUUUACUGGUAUGAUUGCUAAUGGUGAUGGAAAACUUGGUGGUCAAGGUGUUAUUUCUGUUAUUGAAAGGAUUAAUGGUAAUUAAGUGCAUGUUUAGAUCGAUGGUAAGUUUGACGAAUAUAAGAAUAUCGGGAUUAUGUUGAAGCUCUAUGGUAUGUGCCGUGUACAUAGUUUUGUAAAAUCAUGGUAAUGUUUAGUGAUUCUGUCAAAUUCGGUGUCAAUUCAAAUAUGCACUAAAUUUGACAGCAUUUUGGUAAUUUUCGUAAUGGUAAACUUUGUGUUAUGUGUAUUCUAUAAUAAUAACUCAUCAAAUUUACUUGAUGAAGUGAAUGAUAAGUAUGUGUUGCUUGUAAUUUUGAUUGGCCUUGUGGUGCUUUGUUGUUAGUGUUGUUUUCUUAUC